UGGGUUACUGAUCAUGAUUGCUCUAUUUAUAUCCGGGCCUUUCGCUGCCCUGGUUGGGUUUGUCGCUGCCACAAUAGCCAUAUUUACAGCGUGGUUAUUGGACCAAUCCCCGAAUGCUGUUCGUGCGGGUGUGUUUUCCUACAAUGCGGUGCUGGUGGGACAGUUGACAGCAGUUCUGUUUCCUGAAAUGACAAUUGUGGACUGGAUCUUCAUGGUUUUUGGUACAAUUUUCAGCGUGUACUUCACGUCGUCGUUCGCGGCGCUCUUCGGCAGCAUCUCCAAGCACCCGAUGCCGGCGCUGACGGCGCCCUUCGUGGCGGCGCAGGUGCUCGUCUGCCUCAGCGCCGCCUCCCCGGGCGCGCUCUAUUUGAAGACGCCCCUCCCCAACCACAUCCCAGGUUCAGCACUCUCCAAUAAUUCUCUACUAGGAGGAGAUUCGUCGACGAAUACUAGCGUCCAACAAGCCCUUGUGGCUGCCACCGACCUUGCCUUCGCCACCAAUGACUUGCCCGCUUCUAUAGUGUUCAACAGCGGAGAGGGUAUCGUGGCAAUGAAUGCCUCAAUGAAUUCUAUUCCAAAUCCAACCACGGUCAACAUUGAAACUUUGGACUGGGGUGAAGCGUACGGGCAGGAUCACCUGCCUGGAUCCCUUCUCAUGUACUUGGGGGUCGUCAUCAGCUCCCCUACCACCGCCCUCAUGUGCCUCUUCGGCUCCACCGUCAGCACCCUCGUGGGGGCGGUGCUGUGCCCCGGCCCGGCGGAGAGCCUGUACGCGGGCGUGUGGGGCUACAACGGGCUGCUGACGGCUGCGGCGCUGGGCGGCUUCGCGCUGGUGCUGACGCCGCAGUCGGCGGCGCUGGCGCUCAUGGGGGCCCUGCUGACGGCCGCGGGGGUGCCGCUGCUGACGCUGCCCUUCAACCUGGCGGCGCUGCUGCUGCUGUGCGCGACGGCGCGGGGCGGCGGGUCCCUGGUGCGCCCGCCCGCGCUCACCUACCCGGAGAAGCACCGCCGCGACUGGGCGGCCGCGCGCCACUCGAAGCGCUCCAGGAACUUAAGUUCUCCAUCCGACUUGAGUUCUCCAGAUGACGAAGUUGAUAAGAAGGAGCAGUUCAGGAAGCUGGAAAUAAUAUGAAGUUUUCAGCAUUCAUGAAGAGGCUUUCUCUAUAGAUGUUUUCCGAGGUGUCCUUUUGUGUUCGUCUUGGGCAGCUCUCUAUAAAACUGCUGAGUAGAAGUAAUAAGCAUGUGUGCCUUUGUAUGUAUCAUGUGUAUUUGCUCUCGUGUCUGUAAAAACGGACCUUUCUGAAAGAAUCAUUGUACUUUCUCGAUUAUACGUUGUACUUUUUUCAUAAUAUUAACUACCCUGAAAUAAACAUUUCAAAAC